UCUAUAUAGUCAGGGCGACGUAUCUCGCUCCUUCUCCACUACUAUUUUGGAUUAAUUUUCUUGAAUCAGAAUUAAGCAAUAGAAUUGAACUAUCCUUUUCCCUCUCUGGAUUUGCAUAUAAAUAUGGGGCGUCUCAGAAGCUUCGAUCGUCAGGUGAAUGGUUCACUGACACCCCUGCAGCAUCUGCGUCGCAUGGGGAUUUGCCACUCCUUCGAUGCUGUCGCCGACAUGGAGGCGCCGGCGCCGGCGACGGUGAAGUUGGUGCUGCAGGACGGCGAGCUGCAAGAGUUCGCACAGCCGGUGAAGGCGUCCCAUGUACUGCAGUCGAUGCACCCGACGGCCUACUUCGUGUGCGACGCUGACGAUAUGGUGAUCGACGGCCACGCGCCCGCCGUCAACGAGCUGCGGCCCGGGAAGCUCUACUUCGUGCUCCCUGUCUCCAUGCUCCGUCGGCCGCUCCACGCAGAGGAGAUGGCCGCGCUCGCGGUGAAGGCCAACACCGCUCUCGUGGGGAAGGUGCCGCCGGCGGGCAUGUUUGAGAAGACUGUAAAAAGAAGAAUAGGGAGAGAGCAAAAAAAUAAUAUUAAAAUAAUAAGAUUUACUGUUGAUUGAUAUAUUCAAAAAGUACGGGUCAAUUGAUCAAUUAAUAAAUAAUAUAAUUUUAAAAAUUA